AUGGCUCUACCACGUAUAAGCAUGGCUCUACCACGUGUAAGCAUGGCACUACCACGUAUAAGCGUGCUUCUACCACGUAUAAGCAUGGCUCUAUCACGUGUAAGCAUGGCUCUACCACGUAUAAGCAUGGCUCUACCACGUGUAAGCAUGGCUCUACCACGUGUAGGCAUGGCUCUACCACGUAUAAGCGUGGUUCUACCAUGUAUAAGCCUGGCCCUACCACGUAUAAGCAUGGCUCUACCACGUUUAAGCAUGGCUCUACCAAGUGUAAGCAUGGCUCUACCACGUGUAGGCUUGGCUCUACCACGUAUACAGGUGGUUAUACCAUGUAUAAGCAUGGCCCUACCACGUAUAAGCAUGGCUCUACCACGUGUAAGCAUGGCUUUACCACAUGUAGGCAUGGCUCUACCACGUAUAAGCGUGGUUCUACCAUGUAUAAGCAUGGCCCUACCACGUAUUAGCAUGGCUCUACCACCUAUAAGCUUGGCUCUACCACGUGUAGGCAUAGCUCAACCACGUAUAAGCGUGGUUCUACCAUGUAUAAGCAUGGCUCUACCACGUAUAAGCAUGGCUCUACCACGUUGUGGUCGUUUAGUGGUCGAGACGACCCAUUCGUGCUACAACUAUACUACUAGUAUGGCUCUACCACGUAUAAGCAUGGCUCUACCACGUGUAAGCAUGGCACUACCACGUAUAAGCGUGCUUCUACCACGUAAUAGCAUGGCUCUAUCACGUGUAAGCAUGGCUCUACCACGUAUAAGCAUGGCUCUACCACGUGUAAGCAUGGCUCUACCACGUGUAGGCAUGGCUCUACCACGUAUAAGCGUGGUUCUACCAUUUAUAAGCAUGGCCCUACCACGUAUAAGCAUGGCUCUACCACGUAUAAGCAUGGCUCUACCACGUGUAAGCAUGGCUCUACCACGUGUAGGCAUGGCUCUACCACGUAUAAACGUGGUUCUACCAUGUAUAAGCAUGGCCCUACCACGUAUAAGCAUGGCUCUACCACGUAUAAACGUGGUUCUACCAUGUAUAAGCAUGGCCCUACCACGUAUAAGCAUGGCUCUACCACGUGUAAGCAUGGCUCUACCACGUGUAGGCAAGGCUCUACCACGUGUAGGCAAGGCUCUACCACGUAUAAGCGUGGUUCUACCAUGUAUAAGCAUGGCCCUACCACGUAUUAGCAUGGCUCUACCACCUAUAAGCUUGGCUCUACCACGUAUAAACGUGGUUCUACCAUGUAUAAGCAUGGCCCUACCACGUAUAAGCAUGGCUCUACCACGUGUAAGCAUGGCUCUACCACGUGUAGGCAAGGCUCUACCACGUGUAGGCAAGGCUCUACCACGUAUAAGCGUGGUUCUACCAUGUAUAAGCAUGGCCCUACCACGUAUUAGCAUGGCUCUACCACCUAUAAGCUUGGCUCUACCACAUGUAGGCAUAGCUCUACCACGUAUAAGCGUGGUUCUACCAUGUAUAAGAAUGGCCCUACCACGUAUAAGCAUGGCUCUACCACGUAUAAGCAUGGCUCUACCACGUGUAAGCAUGGCUCUACCAAGCGUAAACUGUUAA